CAAAGCAGAGGGAGGGAGCGCAGUGAAGAGGCAGGGAAGGAAAGAGCGGGCGAAGCAGCUAGAGAACGGGAGAUCGUUAACCCAAGAGCCGGAGCCAGAGCCGGACCCGGGGCUGGAGCCGUAGCUGCUGAAGCCGUAGUCUCUGGAGCAGGUGCAGCCAAGAGGCAGGGACUGCCGCCCCACCACGGGCUGCCCCCAAGAUGCCUGGCAUCAUGGUGAUCCUGGCGUGGUGUUUCCUACAAGUGGACAGCCGGCGCGCGGAGGUGCUCACCGGCCACAACAAUGGCAAUUUCUUGGACAGUGACAAAUGGCUGAGCACUGUCUCCCAGUACGACAGGGACAAGUAUUGGAACAGAUUCCGCGAUGAUGAUUAUUUCAGAAACUGGAAUCCAAGCAAGCCCUUUGACCAAGCUCUAGACCCAUCCAAAGAUCCCUGCUUGAAUGUGAAGUGCAGUCCCCACAAAGUGUGUGUAACUCAUGACUACCAGACAGCUGUGUGUGUGAGCCGCAAGCAGCUGAUGCAGAGUCUUAGGCAAAAGAAGGGGAACAUGGCCCACAAACACUGGACUGGAACUUCAAAUGUAGUCAAGUGCAAACCUUGCACAGCUUCUGCACACACCAGCCUUGUCUGCGGCUCAGAUGGCCACACCUACACCUCCAAGUGCAAGCUGGAGUUCCAUUCCUGUUCCUCCGGAAAAGGCUUCACAACCCAGUGUGAGGGACCCUGUCCAUGCCUCCCAGAGCCAGAACCUCCCAAGCACAAGACAGAGAAGAACAGCUGCACAGACAAGGAACUGAGGAAUCUUGCUUCCCGGCUGAAAGAUUGGUUUGGAACUCUUCAUGAGGAUGCGAAUCAUGUCAUCAAGCCCACAAGCUCAGACCCAGCACAAAGCAGGUUUGACACCAGCAUUCUGCCUAUCUGCAAGGACUCCCUGGGCUGGAUGUUCAACAAACUGGACAUGAACUAUGAUCUUUUGCUUGACCACUCAGAAAUCAAUGCCAUUUACCUUGACAAGUAUGAACCAUGCCUCAAACCCCUCUUCAAUUCUUGUGACUCCUUCAAAGAUGGGAAACUCUCAAACAAUGAAUGGUGCUAUUGCUUUCAGAAGCCAGGAGGUCUCCCUUGCCAGAAUGAAAUGAACAGGAUUCAGAAGCUAAGCAAGGGGAGAAGCCUGUUGGGGACAUUCAUUCCUCGCUGCAAUGAUGAAGGGUACUACAAAGCCACCCAGUGUCAUGGGAGCACGGGACAGUGCUGGUGUGUGGAUAAGUAUGGGAAUGAGCUGGCCGGUUCUAGGAAGCAAGGAGCUGUGAACUGUGAAGAAGAGCAAGAAACCUCAGGAGAUUUUGGCAGUGGAGGUGCUGUGGUUCUCCUGGAUGAUCUGGAAGAAGAACAAGGAGGGGCACGAAAGGACAAAGAUGGGAAACUGAAAAUUCAUGUAAGGGCAACGAAUGAAGACGAUGAAGAUGAGGAUGAUGACAAGGAGGAUGAGGUUGGCUAUAUAUGGUAGUCCCCUCAGGGCAAAGGACAUGUGUUUUGCACAAUAUCACAAGUCCGUCACAACUCAACAAUUGUAUCUAAAACCAUUAGACACAAAAUGUCUCCUCUCCACUGUUCUGUUCUGUACCCUGUGUAUAAUUUGGAAGACAGCUUUCCUUCUUUCUCAAAUGCUCCAAUUUUGAGUAUGGCUGUUUUGGGGAUGUGGAUUUUUUUUUCUUUCUUUAGGCUAGGGGACAACUGGAUUCACUUAAAGUCUCAUGCUCCUGGCUUCCCUUCUCCCCUUCAGGAGGAUUUCUCUCCACAAUUAGGUAGUUUAUAUGAAAUUCUGCCUGGGGAGGGAACCAGGUCCUCUGGAUGAAAGAAUGAACCCUGUUUUGCUUGUGCGCACUGGUAGUUCAUUAUGGCACAUUUUUUUUUUCUAUACCUGCUUGCGAUGGCUGGCUGCUUUUCUUGUGUACUGAAGAUGAUAUGGGGAAAAAUGAAAUGCCUCGUUGGAAUCUCCCCUCUUGCCUCCACUCCCCCUGCCCCCCAAAAAGCCCCUGAUGUUUAUCAUUACAAAUUGAUUCUCCUGUGCAUAGCUACUUCUGGCUUUCUAAAAACAAUGGCCUUAAUUCUGCCAAGAGCCCCUUUGGGGAGCCAUUCUCUUUGCUACAGAAUGGCUGCCAGAUGCCUGUCUCUCUCUCUCUAUAUUUAUGUAUGUAUAUAUAUCUAUAUAUUUGAGUAUGUGUGUGACACACACACACACACAUACUCACAUCCCUAUACAGGAAGAGAUAGUUGUUUAGAAUCAUUGGAGAACACAGUUGAGAAGUAAUUAAGAUGCCAGCCUGUCCAGACAAUUACUAUUUCCAGAAGGAAAAAAAAUCUGAAAUCUGUGUAGAAACUGUUUUUGCAUUAAUAGUUGGCACUUGUAACCUGCAGGCUGACGCAGUUUCUUCUCUCAGGCACCAGCAGGGCUGUUGAAAAUCUCUUUGAUUUUGAUAAGCCCCAGACUGCCUAAACAACUUCUCCUGCAGAAGCCAUGGAAUUCUCACUCUACUCAGCGUCCUAAGCUGUCUCUUUCAUAUCAUUUCACAGACUUCCUUAGGCAACUGUCUUGUUUACUGCCUCUCCUUUUCCUCCAAUUCUUCCUACAGGGCUUUCCUAAGGCAUAUCUAACACCCUCUUUUAAAAAAGUACAGUAUCGCAAUAUUUCAUUAAGAGAAGGCAAUUGAAGAUUUUGAGUUCAGUUUUGCAUUUGACCUGUUCCUCCAACAAGGCCAGAUCAUAUUCUACAAACAGCCUCAUAUGCCUUUACCAGUGAAGACUUGUGGACCAAAGAUACGACUGUGCCCAGUCUUCCAAGGACCUUUGCUCUAAUUGGACAUAGGGUAGGGCAGAGUUAUCAUACUCAGCAUCCUCUAGAGGGACUCCAGCUUUUUAUAUAUAUAAGGGCUGUGGUGGUAUAGCUUCAUGUAGAAUGCAGUGAGGUGUGAUAGUUACUGAAAAUAUACCAGUGGCUGGCCUCUAGACCCUGUGGGAAGGAAACCAGGGGUUUGGGGUUAAGAGAGAGAGAGAGUGAGAGAGCGCGAGAGCGCGAGAGAGAGAGAGAGAGAGAGAGAAUUCCACUCAUUAUGACCAACCUGUAGCCCAUACUUAUUCCUGUAUGAUUUUAGGAUGUGGCUUGAAGAUUGAAAUUGGAGUGUUAGGACUAGACAUAAACUGAUGCUAAACACUUUUGCUCAUAGUGCAUUUGAGGGGGAAAUAAAAUUCUUAGGAGCAGAAAGCUCUAAAGGAUAUCCUAGCUUCUAUAUUAUAAAUAUGCAGCCCACAAAAGGAUGCUCCAGGCAGUUUCUUACCACAUUGAUGUCUACUUAAAAAAAAAGAAAUAAUAAGAAAACAUACUUUUCUCAGUGUCUCAACUUUCAUUUAUGCCCCUGCCCUCAGUAGUGUUGGCAGUUAUUUAUCUUUGGCUGCCCAUCCCCAAAGGGAUCCACUGUCUGUAGGAUUGAUAAUGGGUUUCAUGCUUUGCCAAAAAAAUUUUUUUAAAGAAAUCAAAGGAUAGUGAAUCAAAAGGAAAUCUUCCUGACAUUUUCAUAAAAUUGGGGUUGUAAUUAAGGAGUAGGAAAAUUGAUUUAAAGAAUUGAAUUUUAAUCCCUUAUUUUUCUUUCUUAGAUACAGAUGAGCUUAGCUUUAUAAAGCUAGAAGUUUCUUCUAUACUGCUUUCCUCAUCCCAAGAGUUUUUUAUGAAAUUUUUAAAUCUCCACAAGUGGACAGAAGGGGAUUACUAAUACCACAUGCUUAUUGCAAACCCUGCAGAUCUUCAUCCCAUUCAGUCUUUAGAAUUGCUCUCUCUCUGCCUCUUGCAAUAGGGCUGGUCAAAGGGGUUUGAAAGCCCUUUAAAUAACAUUUUCUUUGCCCCACCAAAGACUUUCUUUCAACAUAGCCUUAACCAAUUUCUUGGCCAUCCUCUUCCCCAAUUGGAAGUGCUUAUUAUAUUUUCAUCAAUUCAACACCCUGCUUUAUGGGAAAACUAAUUGGCAGAUGAAGUCAAUACACCCUUUGGUGGUUUGCUGCCCUCUUCACUCGUGGUGUAGGCUAUAGCACUGCAUUUAAUAAGCUUGGUCAAAAAUUCAGUCAACCCACUAGUUUACUGGUCACUAUGAUACAAUUGGCUAACCUUUUGUCCCAUUUAAUUGAUUUUUUUUCCUUCAUCCAUCCCAGCUGGCUAAACUAACACUAUAACAUCCAAUGUUAUCUCUUCCUGCUUAUGACUAUAAUUUAUUCAGCUACUGAUGUGUGAGAACCAAGAACAACAUCUGUUGUUCUAAUAGAAUAUGUCUUGCUACGUGUGUCACAAAUUGCAGGACCAGGAAACUCCUGUUCUGAAAUCACAACCAAGCAGAGCCUUAAGAUCCUAUAUGCAUUAUCUCUGGUUCAAGUGGAUUCUAUUUGGCCAAGUCUUUGAACUCAGAGUUUGGAAACAGCUGCAUAAUUGCAGUUAAUUUACUAAAAUUGUUAAUUUAAUGAAAAUGUAUCCCUUAAAAAUUAAAAAUGCAUGAAAAACUUUCAAUCUAGACUGCAAGAGAAAAAUCAUUGUUAAUAACUCCAACAAGCUCUGAAAAUGCACCAGAGAACUCAUUAGGACUGGCACAUUGAUUUUGCUUAGAGAAACUUUUAGAAACGUAGUGAACUACUGAUUUUAAUUUACCUAAUUAUCUUAUGACAAGUAUCAAAUUAAGAUGACACUCAGAGCUCCUUAACAUUAACUUAAUGAUGGAUAAGAGAGUGCUGGGGAAAAUUUGUAGCAAGGUAAUGAUGCUCAAUUUUUGGAGAUGCUCUAAGAAGAUAUUUUGACUCAUUAGAACCUUAAAUACAAAACUAUUCCUGUAGUUAGAGCCAAAUUUGGCUCAGUAACACUAUUCUUGCUCAACUUUUCCAGGGCAAUGUCAGGUUUCUGAAAAGCUUUUUUAAUCACUUUCAUUGAAAACUACAAUUUUUUAUGAGACUUGACGAAUAAGUGUCUGUUUCAUCAUCUGAGGUGAAAGUUGGGCUUUGCCUUCUGUUAUCAGGACAUGUAGAGUUCCACCACCAUGAUUAGGUACAUUUGAAAACUCCAAAUAUCCAGCGAUCAUCUCAAUGAUCCAUUCCUUCAUUUUCCCAUUAGAACCAGUUUCCAAGUUGCAUCCUAAUGUGGUUAUUUAGAAAUUCCUUGUGAGCUGCAGGGAGGUCUUAAAUAUUUAAUAUUUCUUUUUUCACUUGCAAUUCAUAUCUAAAUUUUCCAUUUGGGAAAAAUAACUGGUGUGUCUCUUGCUGUUCUAAAGCUGGCUUCAAUUUCAGGGUAAGUGUCUGACUUGGAAAUGUUUUAAUACUGUAUUUGGAAUUUUAUAGCAAGUCCUCCCUUCCACUCCUUCCAACACACCUUGCCUCUGCACCCCCCACUCUCUGUGACAAAUAAUAUGAAAUGGACAGCUGUCUCUCACCACAGGCCACCAAAUUGUUCCAUUGUAGCUUUCCCCUAAGUCUUUCCCACAUACCAUUCAUAUUUGUUUGAUGCAUCAACUGCACUGUACAAUAACAUCCAAGAGACCUUUCUUUCUACAGUGGGUGGUUUUGGUCUUUUUAUACUUUUUUCUCGAUGCUGCUGACCUUCGUUCCUGUUAAAUGUGUAGCGUUGUGAGGGGAAUGUCACCCAAAUACUGAGUGUGUCAGUUGGCUGUCCCUACUGUAGAUGCAAUGUAGACGACCAUAGUAAAGUAGACUAGUAUAGUGAAUUCUGAAUGCUUUUCCACACAGAUUUACCCGGAAUGUGAACAUUUGGCUAACCUCCUUGGUUAAUUGUAAAUGCUUAAUUGUAGUCCGGAAUAGUUGCAUUUCUGUCUGUCUCAAUAAAUUUGAAUUUGUCUGCCAUA